CCAUAAAUUCCCCCCAAAAUCCCCAAAUUCGAAGCUUUUCAAGGCCAAUUCGAAACCCUAGAUUGCGGUGAGAGCAAUGGCGGAGUCUCCGUCGCCGUCGAGAACCGCCGUGCCGGAUCCUCGGAAGCUUUUCAUCGGCGGGAUGCCGCGCACGGUGACGCAGCAGACGUUGAAGGCCUAUUUCGAGCGGUUUGGUGAAGUCACGGGCACUUAUGUGCCUAUUGAAAUCGGUGGCAGGUCUCGAGGAUUUGGCUUCGUUCGCUUCGCUGACCCCGCUGUUGCUCAACUUGUUCUUGAUGAGGGGACGCACAUCAUUGAUGACCGCGAGGUGGAUGUCAAGAGAGCCCUACCCCAAGUAGAAAAUCAGUCUCCAAGACUGAGGCAAGCACGUGGUCAGAGACAUGAUCAGAACUUUCCUAAUGGUAUCCAUGGAGGUUUUUAUGCAGUAAAAAAUAAGAUAUUUGUGGGUGGAUUGCCUUCCGAUUUAUCAGUUGAUGACUUCAGAAGCUACUUCGAGCAAUUUGGUGUGAUAAUUGAUGCGGUUAUUGUGUGCGAGAGUGAGACUGGCAGGCCAAGAGGGUUUGGUUUUAUUACCUUCCAAUCCGAGGAAUCUGUGAAAGAUGUGAUGGAGCGGAGUGACCUUCAAGAUGGCGGUAAGCACAUGCAUUUGCUUGGCGGUAGUCGUGUUGAGGUGAAGAUUGCAAACCCCAGACAGAAUAAUAGAUACGACCAGCAUUCUGGAGCUGGUUACCAGCAAUAUCCUACUGAUCAUCGGUAUGAAAUUUACAUGGAUUAUUACCCAAGAUACAAUGGUUACAUGUCCCCGGCGGCUUUAGGUACAUACCCGUAUGGAGCUAAUUAUUAUUAUGGAGGAUAUAUGAAUCCAAACGAAUAUUAUCCCCAUUAUGAACCUUACAUCGAUACGAGGAUCCCUUGGAACCUGCAACCAUUCCAGCCGAUGGCAUAUCCUAACUACAUGUAUGCUUUCCAGGGGAAUCAAUUUACUAUCGAUGAACCUAGAGAUAUUGUUGAACCUGAUGAUAAUCCGUCCGAUGAUGCUCCUUCUGCUGAUGCUGACCAAUAAAUCUUGGAUUUCCGAUUAUUCUUCUUGGUAAGGCUGUGUGACAUCGUGCCGUCGGGCAAUGCUCGAAGCCGGAAGCCUGUGAAUUACAUCCUCUCUCAAUCUAUCUCAAGACUCACCAUCUUCGAACAAAAAUCUGAAACCUUGAAUUACAAUUCUUUGACUUUUUUUUUUUAAUUUUUUGUUUUUUUUUUGUUUUUGGGACUGCCUUCUUUGGAUUGAAGUACUGUGAUUGUGUUCAUUUGAGCAUUUAAUGACACAAAAAAAAAAUUGGAAUUUUUUUUUUUAACCUUGUGUUUAUUUAGUUUGUC